GAAAUGGGAGUAUAACUUCAGUUCCCAGAGGCCCCAGCUGGUGUAAAGGUGUAGAGGUGUCAACAUUGUACAUCCCUUCAUUAUACGGACAAAUCUCCUGUGUGUUCAUAAAGAAAGUUCAAAAGGACAGGUAAAGCAGAGGAAAGAGGAUGGCAGAAAUAGGAAUUAAGGUGAAAGUGAUCUUAUUGGGUGCUGCAGUGGUGACCGUAACUUUAAUGACUCUCAUCGCUUUGAUUCUCUCUCUUGCUAAUCAUCAGACUUUGAAUCGGCCAUACUUAACACAGUAUGGGAUUGUGCUUGAUGCCAGCUCCAAUCACACGGCGCUCUUCCUGUACCAAAGGCUGGGGUACAAAGAGAACGAAACUGGAAUAAUCUCACAGAAACUGAGCUGUGAUGUGGAGGGUGGUGGCAUUUCGAGCUAUGACCAGAACCCCCCGGCAGCUGGAGAGAGUCUUAAGAAAUGCUUGGAUGUUGCCAAGGCAGCAAUCCCAGAAGGCCAGUGGAAGGCUACACCUGCUUACCUUGGUGCUACUGCUGGCAUGCGGCUUCUUGGAUUACAGAAUCAAAGUCUAGCAAACAGAAUCCUGGAAGAAGUCGCCAAAACAAUCCAAAGUUAUCCCUUUGAUUUCCGAGGGGCCAGAAUAAUCGAUGACAAGGAAGAGGGGGCUUUUGGCUGGAUCACCAUCAACUACCUCUUGGAGAGCUUUGUCAAGCACACAUUUGAGGGCUUUUGGAUCCACCCCAAAGCAGGAAAGAUUGUUGGAGCUCUAGAUCUCGGUGGCGCAUCAACACAAAUUUCAUUCACCCCAAUAGACCCAGUGAAAGGCCCCAAUUCUACUUCAAAUUUCACGCUCUAUGGGUACAAGUAUGAGGUGUACACACACAGCUACUUGUGCUACGGCAUGGACCAGGCUUUGAAGAAGCUUCAGGCCUACCUUCACAAGACUGCUGGGGCAUCAUCUGCCGUCAAUAACCCAUGCUACCCCAAAGGAUAUAUAGUCAGUGUUACUCUGGCUGAACUUUACAACUCCCCUUGUGUGGAGAAACCAAUCAAUUUUAACCCCAAUGCUAAAGUCACUUUCUCAGGAACGGGUAAUUCGCCCUCCUGUCUUUCUUCAAUUGAGAACAUAAUUAACCUCACAGACUGUGCCUUAUCACCAGACUGUGGUUUCAACGGUGUCUAUCAGCCUCCUGUCAAUGGCGAAUUCUAUGCUUUUUCCUCAUACUUCCACAUCUUCAACUUUCUUGGUCUUACGCCAAAAGCUGAACUGACACAGGUUCUUUCCACUAUUGAGACUCACUGCAACAAAGACUUGAGCACUCUUGUUGUUGAAAACCCAUCCAUUAAUGUAAAAACUCUGAGGGAUUAUUGUGCUUCUGCAAAUUAUAUUAUGACUAUUCUUCUGAAAGGAUACAAGUUCAGUAGUAACACCUGGAAUCAAAUCACUUUUGAGAAACAGGUAGCAGACGUAGAUAUCGGGUGGACGUUGGGCUACAUGCUGAACCUGACCAACGUGAUUCCCUCUGAAAGCCCCGGAGCGGUGACAGGUGUGGUGCACAGUCAAUGGGCAGCUCAGACUUUCUUCAUCGUAUUUGUCCUCUUCCUCAGUCUACUUAUUAUAGUCAUCCUGGUUUUGUUCACAAGGUUGCCAUCAACAGCGUAAUAAUUGAUAGAUUUUGACAUUAAGAUAACAAAAAUUAGAUGUUUUUUCCUUUGUUGAAUUCUGUAGCAGUUAAAAGUUCAGUGUGACCAUGUGAGGAAAUGUUAUGGAUUUCUGGCUUUGAACAUUUAAUUUUUCGAACUAUUUCUGCUGUAUUUCAAAGAAAAUACAUAUAUUUAAAAACCAUGCUGGCGGUCAACUUUAAAUAAUUUAAAUGCUUUCUUAUAGAGUUUCUUAUUUCUCCAUUGUAUUUUGAGUUAUCAUUAUUACAGAUAUGAUGCUAUUGUUUUCUUGUGCAAUAAGUGGUUUUUGCGUCGCCUCGUGUACAUAACAUCCAUUACUUUUUACACACACUUUGAUUCUAUUUUCUGGUAUUUGUACAUGUUUGUACUGUAGGUGACGGUAAAUAACAUUGUUUUCUUUUGUUUGGAGUAAAAACAUUCUCUUGUGUCAUUCAUAUUCAGCUCUUCUAAACACAAAGUGAACAAACAUUGAACACUUGUAUUUUGGUAACACUUUACAAUAAGGUUCUGUUUGUUAACAUUAGUUAAAGGUACACUAUGUAACUUUUGUUCCUCUAGCUGUUUAGGGUUAUGUUGAUUCUUGUUUUAUUACGAGCUCUGUCACAUUCUGUUUUUGAAGGAGCCGGAGCAACUUUUCUUAACAGAUAAGACGCACGGGAGAGUGAUGUAUGAUGCAAUUUACCUGCAUCAGGUCUAAAAUAUAAACACUUAUAACAUUAUUACCAUAGUGAAUCGUGGUAAGACAAAAACAUGAUUUGGAAAAAGGAUGUUUAAAUUUUGUUCAAUUUGAUAUGAAAAAAAGUUAUAUACUGUACAUCAAGCAGCUGAGUCUUUAGUCAUUUUCAAAAAUUUGCUAAAGACAUAUCUUUUUCAUCAACACCUGACCCAAUAAUAUUAGCACUUACUUUUUAUUUAUAUUUUUCCAUCUAUUUGUGUGUAUAUAAAAAAAAAAAAGCGAGCACUUUACCGAUGAAACUGUGACUUGACGUGCCACUUGCAUACUGUUGUUUGUUUGCUUCUACUAUUCUCAUUUGUAAGUCACUGUGGAGAAAAGCGUCUGCUAAAUGAUUAAAUGUAAAUGUAAUAAUUAUACUUUUCAAUUAAAUAAAUUUCUUAAAAUAC